AUGCGUUCCGAAGCGGCGGCUGCAGAGCUGCGACAACUUCUCCCAUUGUUGCCACUCACCGGUAAAAGAACCGGUGUAGUCACGCAUUCCAUCGCAUCGCUGAUUGUGUCCACAGCGUACUUGGCUACAGCAGCACAGUCUGCGAUAAAUCACUCGCGCGAUUGCCCUGUCCUCUUAAAGAAGCUGCCGCUGUCACUCAUUGGGAAGGAGCCCAGCUUUGCCGCACGGCCGUGUGUGAACUGCGUGCGCGAGCGCGUGCACUACGUUUCCUCUGUGUCGUUCUGUAAUUAUUUUGAGCAGAAGUGUGCGGAAGCGCAACACUACCGAGAAAGGACAUUCAGCAACGGCGUUGUUGGGGAUGCGGCGCUCCCAAAGCUCUUACUGGAGGCGAUCGAGCGCAGCUACGGGUCUGUCAGUGCGUUCAAGGACAGUGUGACACUCCAUUCCACAGGCGCCAUGAGUCCUGGGCGACUGUGGAUCGUGUAUUCCCCUUCCAUCAGCGGCAGCGAGCAUGGAGCUGUGAGCUUGCUGAAUCUUCCAGCUUGCAAGGUUCCUCUUGUGUACGGUCUCUGGCCGCUGGCUUUGAUCAACAUGACAGAGGGGCGCUUAUGUGAACAGAUUGCAUGCCACUCUGGAGAAGGUGGUGACGCCGUCGAUGCUGAUACCGCUCCUUCAUGGAGCCACGCAGCUCGUACACCAAAGGGACUAGGUGCGCUUGCUACCACAGCGGAGAGAAACCACCGAUCAGGGAGCAUGGUGCAAGUAAGGCUCUCUGCUAUUCAAUCUGCUAUCGCAGAGGAAGCGUUGUGCGCAAUGAACUGGCAGUUUGUCGAAACACAGCUCUCGUCUGCGCUGGCGUACUACAGCUCCAAGGAGCGCACCCAGGCGCAGCGCGAGCAUCGAAGAGAAAAAGAACAUGUGGCGGCAGUGCGGGCUAUGAGUCAGCUGAAAGACAGCGGCGCAGUGAUUCAUGCGACGGACUCGGUGAGAAUUACAUCGUCGAAUUCAUUUGGUGCAUCGCCGGCAAGCGGACCGAGCCUCUCAACUACCGCAGUGGCCAUGUCAUCUUCAGCAAAGGCAGAGUGCAACGUGCUCGGAGAGGCUAGUCUUCAAGCGACUGCAGUGACAGCCCCUAGCGCGGAGGCAACCGCCGCAAGCACCACCCCUAGCCCUUCGCAGGUAGCUGAUGACACAACAACGGGCGCCACCGCUGCCGAGCCACGCACUGUGCAACAGGCGGAUGGAACGUGGGAGUACCACUACAGGAACGGAAAUGUGACAAAAGUUUUCCCCGAUGGCACCAAGGAAUUUCAAACAGAGGGCUUAACAACAACCGUGUUCGUGAACGGAGACACGCUGUUCGAGUACCCAAACAACACUUCAAUUCUCGAUCGAGCAGAUGGCGUGCGCGUUACAACGUAUGCAGACGGCACAAAAAAGGAGGAGCGGCUCAAGUAA